UCUCUGACAUGCGAAAAGUGCAGCAUGCUCUCCUCCGAUCCGGACUCUGCGGAGGACGCGCCGGCCAGCGGUCCCGAUGAUGCUGAGGGAGAGGAGGUGGAGGAGGAGGAGGAGGAAGACCCACCAUCUGAGAGUGAGGUCCCGCAGGAGCAGCGUCCAGUAUCGCAGUCCCUGGGCGCUUGCAUCUGCAGGGAGUCCCAUUGGCGCUGUCUGCUGCUCUCUCUGCUCAUGUACAGCUGCCUGGGCGCGGUGGCCUGGUGUCGGCUCGCCCGGGUCACCAAAAUCAGCUUCGACCCCGCCCUUACCUCCUCCUUCACAGCCUCCUUCCCCACCUCCGUGAGGGGGGCGGGCGGGAUGGGCGUCGGAGGCCACUCGAUGAUCUACCACGACAGCCCCUGCUCUGACGGCUACAUCUACAUCCCUCUGGCCUUCCUGCUUGUACUCUACGUCCUCUACAUGGUGGAGUGCUGGCACUGCAGAGCCAGGACCGAGCUGCAGAGCAAGGCGGACGUGGACAGUGUGUAUGAGCGCGUGCUGCGGAUGAGACGGGCCCAACCGUGCAUAUGGUGGAAGGCCAUCAGCUACCACUUUGUGCGACGGACUCGGCAAGUCACUCGAUACCGUAACGGGGACGCGUACACCACCACGCAGGUGUACCACGAGAGAGUGAACACCCACGUGGCCGAGGGGGAGUUCGACUACAGCCACUGCGGGGUGAAGGACGUGUCGCGUGACCUCAGGGGCUUGGAGGGGCACCCGGCGACGCGCCUCCGCUUCGCGAAAUGUUUCAGCUUCACAGAGGCCGGUCCAGAGAAUGAUUACCUCAACCAGAGAGCCCGCUUCUUCUCUGAAAUCGAGGGUUUGGACGAUUACAUGGAGGCCAGGGAGGGGAUGCAGCUGAGGAACGUGGACUUUCGAGAAAACCUAAUAGUCUACGUAGACCCGGAUAGGAUGCCUUGGUACACAUCCCAGGUUGCCUUCUGGCUGGCGGCUCUGCUGAUGUUGUCGUGGCCCCUGAGAGUGCUGAUGGAGUACUACACCGCUUAUGUGCACUACCGCAUAGAGAAACUAUUUGGGUUGGAGUACAGCCCCUCUCCUCCAGAUGAAGACGGCCCCCGGGGGAAUAAUACUAGCUGCCUUAUUCCGAGAGUAGACACACUGGACAGCACUGAGAUGGAGUGGCACAUACGCUGCAACCGGCAGGUGAUUCCCAGCUACUCAGAGGCCGUGCUGAUAAACAUGAGCGCGGCGGACUCCAGCUCGUUGCAAGACACUGAAUGCACCUCGUCCUCAAACUGCUUCCUUCUGGACGGCGGUCCGACCGCUCAGAGUUACGGCGCUCUGCAAAGCCAGGGAGACCGCGAGCAAUGCGGACCAGGUGACGGAGCGGGCAGGAGGAGGACCAUCACCAGCUCAAGCUGCUCCUCCAUCUUCUCCCGCCGGCACCUCUCCUCGGACACGUCUCGAUUCUCUCUCUGCCGCAUGCACGGGUCCCACCGCACGGUGUCUCUGUGGAGGAGCCACAGCAGCAGCCUGACGGACCCCUGCUGCGGCGACGAGCAGCGCUGGCGGUCCGACUCCAGCCGGCUGGCGCUCAGCGACAGUCCACCGACUUACAGGGACGCCCGCUUCUUCCCGGUUCUCAUCGUGCACCGCUCCGAGGGCCGCGGCGGCGAGGACGAGAGGGAGGUUAGGCGGUAUUACGUACGCAGAGGGUCGUCCUGUGUGGAGACGGAUCUGUGAAGGACACAGAGACACUUAUUUAUAAGAUUAAUUUGAGAUUAAAUCAGUAGUGAUGGAUGGUGUUGGUCACUGUUUGCUCCAUAGACAGAAAUCAAUAAUAAUGGUGUGUGGUAGCAUAUGGUAGCAUAUGGUAAAGUAAUAGUCUUCUAUUUUUUAACACAGGGACCAAAAGGUCAGAGAGUCCUCGUAUUGAAUUGCAGAUGUCUAUAUUAUUACAGUUAAAUUGUCUUUAGUGUCUGUCUGUCAGCUGCAGCGUAUAAUGAUGAUAAUCAUUUUAUUAUCUUUAUGACUUGAGAGCUGCACGACAUUAGCACCGUACUGUUUUCCUCACUCACACUUCUCAAAAAUCACAGGAUGCCAAACUUCACCGGUUCGUAUGUGUUAUUAUACGUGUGAGGACUUAAAGGAGAGAAUGAUACACGUGUAAGAGAAAAAGAUGCAUGAGUUUUUUUGUAUUGUUUUGUUUGUUUCCGCACCACAAAGCUUAUUGGGAUCUGAUGAAUAACUACAUUAACUGAAUGUCAAAAUGUAAGCAAUAAAAGUUCUGAUAAAUCA